UAAUGUUUAGAAUUUACUGAAACAAGGGAUUUUUAUGAAAUAGACACAAUAUUAUUAAACGUAAUUACAUGUAUAUACCUUUGACUGAUUUAUAUCAUUGUUAUAUGAUUUAAAAUUCGCUCACAGAAGGCAGGACAAAACCAGGACGUAGAGGAAUAAUGUUGGCGUUUGUUUUUGUUGUGGUUUUGAUGGCCGCUAGGACAACAGUUGUUUAUAGCUUGAAAUUCACUUUGUCAAUGCCACGAGUUGUAUUAGGAGUUACAGGGAACCUCUCCAUGUCAUGUCAUGUUACAGAAAAUGAUGUUUCUAGCGUAUAUAUGAUAAGAAUACAGCGAGAAAUAAUUUCAGGGUGGGACACGAUAGCAAAAAUCGACACAGUUAAAAGUGAAUCUCCGACUUUAUGUAAAGACAUUGUUGGUGACAAGGAUUUUAUUGUCGGCGGAAUGUUAGAUCAAGAAAUCCCACCCAACUCUCAUCUAACUUUAGAUAUGAACAUUUUGACAAUGACAUUGGAUGAUGCUGGAAUAUAUAGAUGUGAGAUGUACUAUAACAGUAACAUUAAAAUUAAAGAGAGCAUUGUCAAAGUAGAAAGAAACGCUACGCUUUUAAUUGAAGAAGCCGACAAUAAAACAGAAGGACGUGGAGGUAAAAUUCAAUUCUUAUUUUGUUUUGUAACUCUUAAACAUUUAUACUCUGUGCUCUGAAAGUCUAGUACCGUU